UUUUUACUAUUACACUCCUUUAAUCAGGUAUAUAGGCAUGACUAAUGUGUUUUUUGUGUGCGUGUUUCAUGAACAGGUAUCAACAUGUAUGAUGUACGUGAAGAACUAUGUAAGGGUGUCGUCAUAGGCGCAGGAGGAGUUGUGACUGUGAUCUUCACACCUGUUUUACUGGGCCUCUUGGGUUUCACCAAAAUUGGAAUAGCAGCAGGCUCCAUUGCUGCCAAAAUAAUGGCAUGGUUGGGAGUCGUGCCAUCAGGAAGUCUGUUUGCAUUUUUGCAAUCAAUAGGUGCAACUGGUCUGACAUUGACUUUAGCUGGAUAUGUAGCCAGCUUUGGAGGAACAAUGGGGUGGAUGCUAUCAGCCAUUUGUAACCAAAAUAAUACCACUUCAACCUAAAGAGAUAAACAGCAUGGACACAGGCUGUGUGUACUCUUAAAUAACACAACUAUUCCUGUAGGUGACUGUUUCUGUUUCUGUGAUCAAUCUAAUCAUCUUAUUUAAAUUAACUUUUCAUGCAUCUGCCAUACAAACUCUGCAUAAAGCAUCUUUCAGGUAAACAUAAGAGGUUGCUGAACACAGUGCGCUAAACAUUGUAUAAGAAAUGAAGAAGAUGCUGCCUGGUGUUGACUCAGGAAGUUCAUUGACUCUGAUAAAUGAUCGAUUUGAUACCAUUUGAGUGAAUGUGACGCCAUAAAAAUUAUGGUUCUGUGCCCUUUGAAUAUUCUCAUCUUAAACUGUCCUUUUAUUAACCAUAAUAAAAUGCAUCUAAAAUAAA